UCUUCUUCUUCAAACUUUUUCUUCUUUUGAACUCUAAUGGCGGCUUCUUCUUCUCUUUCCUUUCUCUUUCUUCUUUUAUCUCUUUCUUUCUUCUUCACUAUGUCUGUUUCAACAACAACUUCCAAUUCCUCCUUGCAUUCUGUUCAUCAACAUCCGCAUCUUGUCGUUCAAGAUGUUCAAAGGAGCAUAAAUGCAUCAAGGAGAAACUUGGGAUAUUUCUCUUGCGGAACGGGAAACCCAAUAGACGAUUGCUGGAGAUGCGAUUCCAAUUGGGCAACCAAUCGUAAACGCUUAGCCGAUUGCGCCAUCGGCUUCGGCAAAAACGCCAUCGGAGGAAAAAACGGCCGUUUCUACGUUGUCACGGACGCCGGCGACGACGACCCUGUCAACCCACGCCCCGGCACUCUCCGGCACGCCGUCAUUCAAAACGAACCCUUGUGGAUCAUUUUCAAACGUGACAUGGUAAUCCAACUCACCCAAGAACUCGUAAUGAACUCGUUCAAAACAAUCGACGGACGUGGGGCCAGCGUCCAUGUGGCAGGUGGGCCAUGUAUAAAAAUCCAUUACGCCACAAAUAUUAUAAUCCACGGCAUUCAUAUUCACGAUUGUAAGAGAGGGGGAAACGCUAAUAUACGGGACUCCCCACAGCAUUCUGGGUGGUGGACUGCAUCGGACGGUGAUGGAGUGUCAAUAUUAGGAGGAAGAGAAAUCUGGAUCGAUCAUUGCUCUCUGUCUAAUUGUAAUGAUGGGUUGAUUGAUGCGAUUCAUGGGUCCACUGCUAUUACUAUAUCCAAUAAUUAUAUGACACAUCAUGAUAAGGUGAUGUUGUUGGGACAUAGUGAUUCUUAUGCACAAGAUAAAAAUAUGCAAGUUACUAUUGCUUUUAACCAUUUUGGUGAAGGACUUGUUCAGCGAAUGCCAAGAUGUAGACAUGGUUAUUUCCAUGUCGUGAACAACGAUUACACCCACUGGGAAAUGUACGCCAUCGGAGGGAGUGCUUCGCCAACGAUAUACAGCCAAGGGAACAGAUUUGCAGCGCCCUACAAUCGCUUCCGAAAGGAGGUAACAAAGCACGAGGACGCGCCGGAGAGCGAGUGGCGCCACUGGAAUUGGCGCUCCGAGGGCGACAUGAUGUUGAACGGCGCUUAUUUCCGCCAGUCCGGCGCCGGUGCCGCCUCCAGCUAUGCACGAGCUAACAGCCUCAGCGCGAGACCCUCCUCUCUUGUUAGCUCUAUCACCGUUACCGCCGGCGCCCUCAACUGCCGCAAGGGCUCUCGCUGCUAGUGCUAGUUCUACAUUAUUUAGUAUAUCUUUUAGUUAAAUUAUAUUAAAAAAGGUAUAAUUAGUUCAUGAAUAUCGGGAAAUUUUUUCCUGUGUUAAUUUAUUUUCCUUCCAACAUUUUGGGUUUUAGCAAAAUGAAAGUGUAAUAUUUGGUUGAACUCGGAUGUUUGUGAGUGUGAAAGCUAAUGGGAGAAAAUGAGGAAUAUAGUUAUAUAUUUUGA